UGAGAGAGGUUGCCCUGUAAAAGUUGAAGCUAAGCAACUUGUCUGUGUGCGCUUAUUCUCAGCUGGUCUGCCAAAGACCCCCUGAGCACCAGCCCUGGUCCCCUGCGCAGCCCCGUUUUCUCUCCAGCAAGAUGAGAGAAACUAUCAUGGACCAAGAGAAACUCGCAGAACUGCAGGCACAAGUGCACGUUGAUGGGAAAGGCACUGCUCGCUGAAAGAAGGUGGUUCCCAGAACAGCUACCGCAGAUGAUAAAAAUCUUCAGUUCUUCUUAAAGAAGUUAGGGGUAAACAAUAUGUCUGGUAUUGAAGAGGUAAAUAUGUUCACAAACCAAGGAAGAGUGAUCCACUUUAACAACCCUAAAGGCCAGGCAUCGCUGGCAGCGAACACUUUCACCGUCACAGGCCACGCUGAGGGAAAGCAGCCGACAGAAAUGCUGCCCGGCGUCUUAAGCCGGCGUGGUGCAGACAGCCUGGCUAGUUUAAGGAGACUGGCUGAAGCUCUGCCCAAACAGUCUGUGCAUGGAAAACCACCGCUUGCUACAGGAGAGGAUGAUGAUGAUGAAAUUCCAGAUCUUGUGGAGAAUGUCGAUGAGGUUUCCAAGAAAGAAGCAAACCGAAUUGAGUCAACUUUGGGAGGAGAUACACUUGAGGAAGUUACUGGGAGCUGCCUUUUCAAAUUUUGUUUAUGGAUCUGAUAAAAUCUCGAUCUCUAAUAUUUUUAGGCCUUAGCCCCUUGGACACUGCAGCUCGUUUCAGUUUUUGCUUAUACAGAAAUCAUUCUUUGCAGCCAAUUAACUGAAAAAGCCUAGGAAUAAAGUUUGAAACCAAGGUUAAUAAAGUUCUUUGCCUAGUAUAGUUUUUUGUUUUAAGUUUUUAUUUUAUUUUUUAUUUCAUUGACACUGAUUUGGACACAGCAAAGUUGUUUGUAGAAAGCUAAUCACAGCAUGUAAUAUUACAGAUAAUCUUUGAUGGAAUUUUAUUAUUAAAGAUUUAACAUGGUAGUAUAACAUAAAUGUCUAAACAAGAUAAAAAGGAAACAAAAGCAAGAGAAAGAGUUAAAUUUAAGAAAACAAACUGAGACUGGGAUAGGAAGACUAUCUUGAAGAAAAGGAAAGAGGAGGAGAGGAAGAAGAAGCCCGCUGCAGAAACCAACACUGGAAAUGGAGGGGCCUCACUUGGGCGCACAGCA